AUGGUGCCCCUCCCCUUGUUCAAGCUCGCCUCUCUUCUUGUGCGGCACGUCUCCAAGUAUGGCGCGAACCGUAUCAAGGCCCAGGCCCAUGACCACCCGCGAUUCCGGGCAUUCGCAGCCAAAUACGGCCAGGCGAUCCACCAGCUCAACAUGAAGAUGUCCGUCGCCCUCCUCAGAGACCCCGAAGCAGAGCGACGAGCAAAGGAGAUUGCCGAAGCGCCCACAGUCAAGACGGAGGAGCAAACCAAAAAAGAUGAAGUAGCCAAGCAGAAGGCGAAGAAGAAGAACGAGCCCGAACCAGCAAGCUAUCCCAGGUUUACACUCCAGAACGUGUGGAGGCGCAAAUUCCGGCCAUUGCCAGAAGCCAAGGCCGUAGAUCUGUUUGCCGAUGUUGCUGGCGACACAUUUAUACUUUCCGUGGCGGGAGCAUUGAUUAUAUACGAGUACUGGAAAUCAUCACAAAAGCCCGAUGCCAACAAGGAGCGGUUUGAGGAGCUGAAUAGAAGGUUCGAGGAGCUGCAGAAGAAGGAGGAGGAGCUCGCAGAUGCCGAGGAGAAGCAGAGACAACGAUUCGAUUCUCUUGAGGAUGCUCUCAGGACGUUGAAGGAUCCAAAGACGAAGCAGCCGCUAUUCCCGUCAUUGCAAGUCAGCUCCUAA